AUGUCUGACGAGAAAGAAAAACGAUCCCUUCGGCCAGUUGCCUUUGUGGCUGUGGUAUUCUCAACGGUUGCCAUCACAUCAUGCCUUAUUACUUUCCCUUUGAUUUUACAUUACAUUCAAACUUUGGAAAGUCAAGUUCAACUUGAUUUGGAGUUCUGCCAAGCUAGAGCAAGAGAUAUGUGGAAGGAGAUGUUGGAUAUUGAGACUGGAGGAAAGAAGGAUUCCGCCAAGUUGGCUAAUAUUGUUCUUAACCACAGAAGGCUCGAGAAACGUGAUACUCUUCAAGACUUCUGGGCUCGUCGUCUUCACGAUCAAGAGCUCCGUGAUCAACCCGUCGGAUAUGACAACCCAUCCGUUGGAGUUGAAUCAUUUAAUUCUGAAGGAGGAGGUUGCUGUACCUGCCAUCGUGGACCACCAGGACCAGCUGGAGAUGGAGGACGCGAUGGAGCCGAUGGAGUCGAUGGAACUCCAGGAGAGAUCGGACCACCAGGACCACCAGCCCCACCAGGACCAGAUCCACACUCCUUGUUCCCACCACAAUGCCCAUGCGAAGCCCCACCAGGAGACGCUGGACCACCUGGACAACCAGGACCAGAUGGACCACCAGGAGCACCAGGAAACCCAGGAGAAGACGGAAAACCAGGAGAUCAAGGACCACGUGGACCACCUGGAAUCCCAGGAGCCCCAGGACAACCAGGACGUCCAGGACCACCAGGAGAGCCAGGAACCUACAAGACAGAGGUUGGGCCAGCCGGAAGAGCUGGAGCACCAGGAAGACCAGGACCACCGGGACAACCAGGACCAGCUGGGCCACCAGGAGAGAAUGGAAAGCCAGGAGGACAAGGACCAUCUGGACUUCCAGGACCACCAGGACAACCAGGACAGAAUGGAGCACCAGGAGAGGUUGGGCAACCAGGAGACAAUGGAGCUCCAGGAAGCUGCGAUCACUGCCCACCAGCUCGUUUGGCUCCAGGAUAUUAG